CGGAAAAGAAGCUUGGUUGCGAGGAUCAAAACAUUUUGACAUAGGAGUUUUGCAGCAAGCAAGCUUCCGACCGACUUGAACAUGAUCAGAUUAACUCCGAAACGUUUAAAAAUACUAAAAACAUUCAACUUUUACCUCUGCUUCAUAGCGUUGGGAAUGUUAAUGGCCAUACCAGGACCGACUCUGUUGGAUUUACAGCAUCUAGUAGGCACAGAUACGAAAAGUAUUGCCUUUAUAUUUACUGCAAGAUCCAUCGGGUAUUUAACUGGAGCUCUAGCAGGUGGUGUGGUGUUUGACUACACAAAAAGCAAAUUGGCACUCCUGACAGGUGGAAGUAUACUGGCAACAAUAGCAACUUUUUGCGUUCCAUGGAGUACAAGCCUUAAAAUGCUUAUUGGAUUGAUGGUUCUUAUCGGACUGUCACUUGGAGCACUAGAUACAGGUUGCAAUGUCUAUUUCCUGAAUAUGUGGGGUGACGAGAGGAGAUCACUCUAUCUAGCUCUACAUUUCAUGUUUGGCGUCGGAGGAUUGAUUGGACCACUCAUCGCUGCCCCUUUUCUCGGCAACUACAGCUCAAUUGCUGAUGAUCCUGCACAUCAUACUAACAGAAGCGAAGUAGAAGUAUCAAGUCCAUCAUAUUUUUAUUCAAGUAGUACUGAUUUAACUCUUGAUGAGAUUGUCACAAAUGUCAAUUCUAUUUACUCCAUUAUUGGUGGCAUUUCUCUACUGGCAAGUAUUAUCUUUAUAACCGUGACCUUGUUAUCAAGGUCACAAACAAUAAAUUUUCAAGAGACAAGCAAAGAACAAUUUCAGAAAAGAAGUUGUGUUUUUAUGUGUGUGAUUAUUUCACUUUUCUCGCUAUUGAUCUUCGUUGAAACUGGAACAGAAAUCGGUUACCCUCAAAUGUUAACUUCUUUUGCUGUGAAAGGAAAACUGCAACUAUCUCCAGCUACUGGUUCAUAUAUGACAUCUGCAUUUUGGGCUGCUUUUACGGUAGGAAGGCUGGUAUCGAUCUUUUUAGCCAUCAAGUUGAGCAGUUUUACAUUGCUUAUAACAGACAUUGCAAUUGCAUCUGCAGGUGCGUUAGUAUUUUUAAUAUUCUCUGAUCAGGAAUGGGCAUUAUGGGUAACAUCUAUUCUCUUAGGAUUUGGUAUAUCUUCUUUUUACCCAUCUGCAGUAAGUUGGCUCAACAAAUAUAUAAAUGUGACGAAUAAAAUAAUAUCGUUAUUCGUUCUCGGCUACUCGGCCGGCGAUAUGACGAUUCCCUUUACUAUAAGUAGAUUCAUUGAUGAUGUCCCAGAAGUUCUUUCUUAUGUGGUUGUAACUUCAUGUAUCUCCAUAGCAAUACUUGCGUCAAUAUUGUUCAUAAUAUUAAGGAAGGAAAAAUUGAAAAAUAAAAUAGUCGAAAACAUUGCUUUACAAUAA